CUGGGAUGAUGUAGCCGGUCGCUGAAGACGGUUGGCAGUUCAAAUUUACUUUAACGUAUUUAACGAGUCAUUUAACGAGAAUCGGGAAUCGAGUUCAACUAAAAUGAUUCUUUGAUUCAGUGCGCGUAGUUCGGAGUCGAGAAGUCUGUUAGAUGAAUGUAAAAUUAAAAGAAAACGUUAUGGUAUGGGACAAAGGGAUUUUGUCUCAUUAAAGGCGUCCAUGAAAAGUAAAAAAGUAUUUUACAACGUUUCAAUGUGUCGACUUAACCUGGAUCCAGCUGUACUGAAGAAGGAAGUUGAGUCAGAGCAAGGAGAUGCCCUUUCCUCAGAGAGGUUCAUGCUGGGCCAUGGGGUGAAACGAAAACUGAGUGAGUGUGAGGACCCUGUUUUGGACCUGCCGUACUCCCAGCAGAGGCAGCUGGUGCUGGACUUGUGUCUGGAAAAACUACAGAGCUGCCAGCGACAUGCCGAGCCCAGUCUUCACCGAUCGGUCCUGCUGACUAACACACUUCGCCAGAUCCAGCAGGAGAUGCAGCUGGAGGGCGGGACCUGUCUGCCUCGGUCCACGACUGCUCCCUCGCUCUUUCCUCCUGCCACUCCACGUCACAUCCCUGAACUCCCUCCCGUAUCUGUAGACUGCUCUUCGCUUGCUGCCGAAGCUCCACCCUUGUCCUCUUCGUUAACACCUGACGAGGACGAGGUGCAGAAACGCUGUGCUGAAAGCAAGCCGCUGCAUUCGUCGCUUUCAGACGAGAUCAACCCGAAGCAGUCCGAUUUGCUGUUCGGUUCGUUCGAGAUCACAAAUUCCACCAGCUACCUGUCAGACCUGCCGCUGGACGACAUCUUCGAGGACAUAGAUACGUCCAUGUGCGAUUCCUCAGACAUCUCUGUUUUUGCCUUUCCAGCAGCGAGAGGCAGCGUUGUGGCAUCUGCUGCAGGAGAAGAUGGCAACAAGAGCUUCAGUUGCACCUCUAAUGGUGCCCUGCAGAUUUGUUUUUCUGAUCUUAAUGACCUAGACCACAUAAUGGAGAUCCUUGUGCGCUCCUAAACCACUCAGCCAUUUUUAAAGCCAUCCCAAUAUUUUUAAUGGGAUAUUAUUUAUGGAUUUUUUUUAAGAGAAAUUGGGAAGUGUAAUUUUUUUAUUAUAAAGAGAAGUGGUAUAUUUACACCAGUAUAAGAUACCGGUAUGAGACAUCAAUCUGACAUCAGGUGGACAUUCUUAGAUGACCAUCUUUUGUACCUAAGCAAAGAUCUCCACAUGCAGGGAUUUCUACAGUUGACUAUGUAUUUCCAUUGAUAUUUAUAAAAGAUAGAUGCCUAAGUUUAAGGACUUGGUAUGGAUUAGUAGAAUGUAAAAUAUCGAGUCUGUUGUACAUACUCUUUGAAAGAGGAUGACUUUCUUUUUUACCAGAAAUAUUUCUCAAGCAUUAUAUUUACUAUCAGUAAUUAUGUAUACAGAUCCAGAUAGCACCGUGCACAUUUAACACUACCUCUCAAACCAAGAGCAAUUCUUUCUGUGACAUUGGUGCCCUAUUUGGACAGGAUUAGUUCGAGUAAUUUGUAAUGUGCGUUUUUAAUACUUUUCAAUAAUUAAACUUUUACAUUCAGGCGGCAAUAAAAUGAAAGUUUACUUGUAAUAUGAGCAUUUAAA